AGCACAGAGUCCUCUGUAGUCACGGUUUAAAUGACGUUCGCAAAUUAUUUCCUGAUAGAGGGUUUUGUUGAAAUUGGUGUUGCUUAUCGAUGGGAGGUAGAAAGUUUUUACAUAUUUACGUGUAAACGAAUCGUAUAAUUUUUUUAAUGGACAAUUAACCUUAAAUAUUAAAUUAAUUGUUGAAUCGGCGAGGGUGCAGUAGGUUUAUUUAUGUAGAAACACAGUACAAAUGUUGCCAAAUAUCUAAACUUUUCGAGAGUUCGAGAAUAAUUCGGAUGGUUUUCUCGAUACAUCGAAAUGAUUGGUCGGCAUAAGUAGCUUCCUGCUCGCUCAUAUCUUGCACGAGGGAUGUUAAUAGGCAUUAUAGUACACUUAUUGUAGAAUUUUUAUAAAAGAUAAAAGUACCGAACGAUCAAAUUACUUGAAAAGACUGAUAGUGUCGGUAUAGAAUACAAUACGUGAAUAUAACAAGUUAGCAUAAUGGCAUUGAACCCCCAAUAUGAAGUUAUCGGGAAGGGUUUUGUACAACAGUAUUAUGCACUGUUUGACGAUCCCGCACAAAGACCAAAUUUAAUAAAUAUGUAUAAUACUGAGUCGUCCUUCAUGACGUUUGAAGGUUUGCAAAUACAGGGUGCUUUGAAAAUCAUGGAAAAGUUAAAUAGUUUAUCGUUUCAAAAAAUUAAUCGGAUAAUUACUGCCAUUGAUUCGCAACCAAUGUUCGAUGGUGGUGUACUCAUUAAUGUUUUAGGAAGGUUGCAGACUGAUGAGGAUCAGCCCCAUGCAUACAUCCAGACAUUUGUCCUGAAACCAAUUGGCACCAGCUUUUACGUGCAGCAUGACAUCUUCAGACUUGCGCUGCACGACACGGUUUAGGCGUCAGGUACUGAUCUUCGGUUGAUCUUUGUACCAGUACAGGCAGAUGAAGAUCCACCACACGCCUUCUCACAAAUUUUUGUGCUGAAGCCACUGGGGAAUUCAUUCUUCUGUCAACAUGACAUCUUUCGCCUUGGUAUUCAUGAUACUGCAUGAAGAAAAAUAUGUGCAGAUUCAUGAUUAAUGGCAGACAGUUAUUUGAGCCAUGGAAUCUCCAGAAAUUGGAAUAAGUGAGCUACUUUAUCAUUAAUAUCCUUUGUCAUCGUAUAUUAUCCCAUUCUUUCAAGAUACUGCAGUUUUUAUAUAAAAAUUACUCACUUAUAUCUUGGCCACAGAAAGAAAAAGCAUUAAAAAUAGACACAGUUCAACAUUUGUUUUUGCUUUCCUGGGUUUCGUAAUUCGCAAAUAUGCCUAUUGUUGGUUACGCUCCUAUAUUACGACAUCACGAUACAAUAGAAUAUAACGCUAUAUGUUUGGUUUUAAUGGUCGAUUAUUGUGCUUCAAAUUGUAAUGUUAUAUAUUUUACACAAUCAUGCUGUGUGUAUUUUUGUAAAACAGAUAUUGGCCAUUAAAUACAACAUCUGAAAUUAACGAUGUACUAUUAGUCUCCAUUUUCCAAUGUGCAACAUUAAAAGAUUAUAAGAAAAUUAAGAGUAAUGGACAUUGUUUCUUUAUUAUGUUUAUAAUAAAACUUUAUUAUAUAAAUUUCUUAUGUGCAAAAUGUCUGUACAUAUUAAUAUUUAAUAUUAAUUAGCAUAUGGUCUAUGUAAUUUCACAAAUUCCCACGUUUAGCUUGUUCCAUUUCUAUAGCUUCAAAUAAGGCUUGGAAGUUUCCAGCUCCAAAUCCCUACAGUAUAAAUGGAGUAAAUUAAUUCUUUUAUAUUUAUGAAUAGAUACAAUUUAUAUGAAUGUUAACUUGUGUAGCUGCUACACUUACAUUAUGAUUACGCCUUUGAAUGACUUCUAUAAAAAGGGUCGGCCUGUCUUGCAUAUUUUUAGUAAAUAUUUGUAGAAGGUAUCCUUUCUCGUCGUAAUCAAUCAAAAUUUUUAAUCUCUGGAACAUAAUAUUUAAACAUGAAAUAGAUAUUAUUAAAUAUAUUUGGAGUAAAAUCUUUUGAUGUUCAUACCUGAAGCGUAUUAAGAUCUUCUAAAAUUUUCACUCCACUAGCUUUCAGACGACUUCUUAACAUAUCAUAGUAAGCAUCUGGUACAUUCAGAAAUUCUACACCUCUGGCAUGCAAAUUUUGUAUCUAGAAAACAAUGAAAGUGCGUUGCAUCGGAAAUCGAUCUUUUCAAAAGAAAAUUAUUGAAAUAAUAUAUAUAUAAUUACAGCAUUGAUUAUGUUAUCUGUGUUCAGAGCAAUGUGUUGCACUCCUGCCCCGCCAUAAUAUUCAACGUACUCCUGUAUUUGAGAACGUUUCUUUCCAACAGCUGGUUCGUUAAUAGGUAUUUUCACGGUUUCCUCCCAAUUAGUCAUAACAAUAGAACGUAAAGCAGAGUAUUCUGUAUGUAAUUGACUAUCGUCCACUGACCAGAAUCUAUGAAACUGUAGACAUUCUUCAUACCUAAAAUAAAUUUAAAUUUGUACAAAAAUACUUUCACUAUUUUCUUUUAAUAGCUUUCAAGUUGCGAGUCGUACAGCUUACCAUUUCGCGACAGGUUCCAUUUGCUUGUCAGGUUGAUUGCCGACAAUGUGAUCCACAAAGUUUAAUCCAACUUUUGAUCUAAAUAAAUAAUUAAAUCACUGUGGAGUUAAUACAUUUUACAAAAUAUAAUGCUUUUUAUUUUCUAUUACUCACAAAUUUUUGGCAAAUUUAUCUUCUGGUAGUCUUUGGAAUCCUGGUAAAAAGUAUCCUUUAUACUUUGAUCUAUCUACAAGGGUAUGAUGUGUAUCUCCAUACUGGAAAAUAUUUGUUGAUAUAUUAUUUUUAUUCAAUUCUUUACGUUCUUAACAACGCGUGAUAUACUCACAGUUUUUAUGGUGGCAAACUUUACAGUGCCGUAUUCAUCCGUUUCUUCCCAUAUAUCUUUAAUUAUUUUGGCACCCUUUUCCUUGGCAACCUGUAAAAUAAAAUUUUAUAUUUGUCCCAGUAACAAUAACGGUUUACGUUCGUAUAAAUACACGUGCUGAUUUUUUAUGUACCUUUACAAUGGUAUGAAUGUCUUCAACAGUGAAGGCAAUAUCAUGAACACCAUCACCAUGUUUUAAAACAUGCCUCCCUAUAUCUUCAUUAUCAGAUUUAUACGGUGAUUCGAAUACAAAAAUAAUCUGUAAGUGAAACAGAAAUAUAUUUUAUUUAUUAAUACAGUUAAUGCUGCUCUUCAAUUUAUGUUUUAGUGAAAAACAAAGUAUGAAUUUCAGGAAAUCAUACACUAUGUAUCAUAUACCUUAUCUUGUUUAACAACAUGGGAUGCUACAUGCCUUGAGCCAGUUUCCAAACCACGAUAACACAAAGGUUCAAAACCCAUCCUAGAGCAAUAAUAGCUAGCAGCCUACAGCAAUAAGGGAAAUGAAUUAAAAACUGAGUAGUACUAUAUUUCUUUCUUAACAUCAAAGUAUUCUAAUUACCUGUUUCGCAUUUCCAACCCAAAAUGUUAUAUGAUCGAAACACAAGAACUUUCCUCCUACGGGCUGAAAAUUCAAAGUGUAUUAAUAAUAAGGUGUACACGCUAUAGAAUUUUAUAAUUCUUUUCGUUAUAAUUUCACUCACCUUUGGACCUUUAUCUGUGUAUGUAGUCUGAAAAAUGAAUAAUAAAAACUGUGAACUUAAAUGUUGAAAUGUAAUUGAAAAAUGAAGAGAUAUUUGAAUUCUAAAUUCCUGUUACUGAGGGACAUUCUACUUAGAGAUAGGUGAAACCGCGAUUAAACGUAAGAUUUAAUUGUAACGUUAAACCAAAGGUAAUUACUACAUAUAUACAAUUCUCGUAGGUUUCUUACCAUUUUGAAUGAUCGGUAAGCGCGGAACGAGUGAUAUUAUUUCUCUCCGUGAUUUCUUUGUAAUAGUUCUAAUCGCAGUUGUAUCUCGCUUAAAUAUGAGCGCGUCAAAAUCGGUGAUCGGCAUCUCGCAUGCUGAUUGGUCGAUCACGGAGGCUUGUUUGUAUCGCAUUCUUUUUGAAUUGCAAACCGUAAAUCGUCCGUAUAAAUAUUAUCACCUACGGUGAUCAGGUUUUUCAGAAUCGUGACACGUGCUGAUCACCUGACAUUAUCCUGACAGUGGGCUGGCCUCUGAAAUGAUCACGCUUGAUGUCAGUCCUUCAAAUCGAACCCGCCACGUGUUCGUUCCUAAAGCUAUUUUUAUUAUUAGCGAUUUUUCUGGAACUUUUUCGAUAAUCAAUGCAACUUUCACGAAGACGAAAAAUACAUAAACAUUUCCGUGGCUUUCGCUGAUAAUCAAAUUGUUAAGUGAACAUUUCCAACCAAGAUUUCAUUAUUUACAAGCACAUUGUUUUCCUAGGCUUCCAUUUUACACAGGUGCAAGUGAAAUGCAAUUUUGUAACGUACACAAAGAAAAUAGUACGACACGUGCAAACAAUAACAUUAACAUGGAUGAAUAUAUUUAAGUGAUAAAAUAAUUUUGUCUUUAGAUAUUUAUUUGAAGCUAUUGAUAUAUAAGAAUUGUACAUUUUGUGUAUGGUAGUAUUUAUUAUGAAAUAUAUAUAUAUAUAUUUGAGUUAUAUUAUUAUUUAUAAGAAUUGAAGGGUUUGAAAUGAUUUGAUUGGAGUAAAAUUUUCCAUUGGAGGCUCGUCGUUGGAAGUGACGAAACACGAUUGGUUAUGCGUCAGCGCGCCUAGAUUCCUGUUUAAAGGUGUGCUGUAUUUAAUAUAAAUUAACAUAAAAAGAAACUCGUGGAGCAUAAACAAGAAACUGGUAAAACCAGGAGGCUCGGCUCGAUUCAUUUUCAUCGUCGGCGAGGUUAAAGAAUAAAAAAAUCCGCAAUGUUUUCAUGACACGUAACAGGUAUUUGCAAUUUUGCGCGCGACUUUUGUGUACAACACAUUUGCGAAAAACAACUGAACGAACGGCAUUAGAAUUGUUCUGAAAGAAUGAAAAUUAGCGAAUUUAAAAGUUCCUUUUAUUCCAUUUAAUGACGAUAAUUUAACAGAACAGUGAGAAACAAUAAAGAUCGUACAAUAAAGUAACAAAGUCAAGCAUAACAUUUCUUCUUAUCUACCAUAUUUGAUAUAAAAAAUCUUAAUAUUACUUUUGUAUUUUAUCAUUCGACGGCUUUUACUAUACCAAACAUUUUAAUUUAUUGGAAGUAUCGAUUCGUCUACAGAAUUUUCAUUUUUUUGAUUAUCGUUACACAACGAACUUGUAAUUGUCGUGAUUUAGAUGACAUACAUUUAGAUGACUAGAAUAAGUUUGUUGAAAAUACAAUAUAAGAGAUAUGGAUCGGUACUUGAUAAUUAAUCAAAAGAUUUUUCAAAUUCAUAUAAAAUAUCUAAUACUCGUAAGUUGCCAGAAACUGAUUGUGACGAAAAUUGUACAAUUAAUUUGAUGGCAAUUUAAUUACAAUCAUAUUAUUUUAAAUAUUUGCUAACAUAUGUAUACAUUAUUUUAUGAUAUAUUUUUUUCUUUUCGUAAUAGUAUAUUUUCACUUUG